CGCGGCCGCCUGCGCUGUUCCGGGUGCUGCCGCCGCGCGCAGCCCAGGGCGCACUUGACCGUGGUCUGGCUGCGGGGAAGGGCGGGUCUGGGGAGAACCCCCGAGCGCUGCGGCGUCCUCCAGCCCCUCCCUCGCGACCGCCGGAGCCACAGCCCGAGCCGGAGCCGGCGCCACCUCGCCCCCCGGCUCGCGUGCCCCCAGCCAUGGCUUUCGCCAAUUUCCGCCGCAUCCUGCGCCGGUCUACCUUCGAGAAGAGAAAGUCCCGCGAAUAUGAGCACGUCCGCCGGGACCUGGACCCCAACGAGGUGUGGGAGAUCGUGGGCGAGCUGGGCGAUGGUGCCUUCGGCAAGGUUUACAAGGCCAAGAACAAGGAGACAGGUGCCUUGGCUGCCGCCAAAGUAAUUGAGACCAAGAAUGAGGAGGAGCUGGAGGACUACAUCGUGGAGAUUGAGAUCCUUGCCACCUGUGACCACCCCUACAUCGUGAAGCUCCUGGGGGCCUACUACUAUGACUGGAAGCUGUGGAUCAUGAUCGAGUUCUGUCCUGGGGGAGCUGUGGACGCCAUCAUGCUGGAGCUGGACAGAGGCCUUACUGAGCCCCAGAUUCAGGUGGUUUGCCGCCAGAUGCUGGAAGCCCUCACCUUCCUGCACGGCAAGAAGGUCAUCCACCGGGAUCUGAAAGCUGGCAACGUGCUGAUGACGCUUGAGGGAGACAUCAGGCUGGCUGACUUUGGUGUGUCUGCCAAGAAUCUGAAGACUCUGCAGAAACGAGAUUCCUUCAUAGGAACGCCUUACUGGAUGGCCCCCGAGGUGGUGAUGUGUGAGACCAUGAAGGACACCCCAUACGACUACAAAGCCGACAUCUGGUCCCUGGGCAUCACUCUGAUUGAGAUGGCCCAGAUCGAGCCCCCGCACCACGAGCUCAACCCCAUGCGGGUCCUGCUCAAGAUCGCCAAGUCAGACCCUCCCACGCUACUCAUGCCUUCUAAGUGGUCUGCGGAGUUCCGAGACUUCCUGAAGACGGCCCUGGAUAAGAACCCGGAGACCCGGCCCAGCGCUGCACAGCUCCUGGAGCAUCCCUUCGUCAGCAGCAUCACCAGCAACAAGGCUCUGCGGGAACUGGUGGCCGAGGCCAAGGCUGAAGUGAUGGAGGAGAUUGAAGACGGCCGGGAUGAGGCGGAAGAGGAGGACUCGGUGGAUGCCACCUCUGCUCUGGGGAACCACACUCGGGACUCCUCUGAGGUGAGUCAGCUGAGCCUCGAUGCUGACAAGCUUCUCAAAGAAUCAUCUUUCACCCCGCUGCCACCCAGCCAGCCUCAGGACAUUGUGAAUGGGCCCAACCAACCCUCUGGGGACACAUCCCUCCAAGCCACCAGCCCCCCAGAUGUGGCCCCUGGAAAUGAGAACGGCCUAGCCGUGCCCGUGCCCCUCCGGAAGUCCCGACCGGUGUCCAUGGAUGCCAGGAUUCAGGUAUCCGAGGAGAAGCAAGCCACCGACCAGGGUGGGGACCUCAGUCCAGCAGCCAGCAGGUCCCAGAAAGCAAGCCAGAGCCGUCCCAACAGCAGCGCCCUGGAGACCUUGGGUGGCGAGAAGCUGGCCAACGGCAGCCUGGAGCUCCCUGCCCAGGGGGCUCUAGGCCCUUCCAAGAGGGACUCAGACUGUGGCAGCCUCUCCACCUCCGAGAGCAUGGACUAUGGCGCCUCCCUCUCAGCCGACCUGGCCCUGAACAGAGAGACGGGCUCCCUGUCUAUCAAGAACUCGAGGCUGCACAAUAAGACCCUCAAGAGGACACGCAAGUUUGUGGUGGACGGCGUGGAGGUGAGCAUCACCACCUCCAAGAUCAUCAGUGACGAUGAGAAGAAGGACGAGGAGAUGAGAUUUCUCAGGCGCCAGGAACUCCGAGAACUUCGGCUGCUCCAGAAAGAAGAGCAUCGGAACCAGACCCAGCUGAGCAGCAAGCAUGAGCUGCAGCUGGAGCAGAUGCACAAACGUUUUGAACAAGAAAUCAAUGCCAAGAAGAAGUUCUUUGACACAGAGCUGGAGAACCUGGAGCGUCAGCAAAAGCAGCAAGUGGAGAAGAUGGAGCAAGACCACGCUGUGCGCCGCCGGGAGGAGGCCAAGCGGAUCCGCCUGGAGCAGGAGCGGGACCAUGCCAGGUUCCAGGAGCAGCUCAAGCUGAUGAAGAAGGAGGUGAAGAAUGAGGUGGAGAAGCUCCCCAGGCAGCAGCGGAAGGAGAGCAUGAAGCAGAAGAUGGAGGAGCACGCACAGAAGAAGCAGCUUCUCGACCGGGACUUCCUCUCCAAGCAGAAGGAGGACCUGGAGUUGGCGAUGAAGAGGAUCACGGCCGACAACAGGCGGGAGAUCUGUGACAAGGAGCGCGAGUGCCUCACUAGGAAGCAGGAGCUCCUUCGAGACCGGGAGGCGGCGCUGUGGGAGAUGGAGGAGCAUCACCUGCAGGAGAGGCACCAGCUGGUGAAGCAGCAGCUCAAGGACCAGUACUUCCUCCAGCGGCACGAGCUGGUGCGCAAGCAUGAGAAGGAGUGCGAGCAGAUGCAGCGCUACAACCAGCGCAUGAUGGAGCAGCUGAAGGUGCGGCAGCAGCAGGAAAAGGCGCGGCUGCCCAAGAUUCAGAGGAGCGAGGGCAAGACGCGCAUGGCCAUGUACAAGAAGAGCCUCCACAUCAACGGGGCGGGCAGUGCCGCUGAGCAGCGCGAGAAGAUCAAGCAGUUCUCCCAGCAGGAGGAGAAGAGGCAGAAGUCAGAGCGGCUGCAGCAGCAGCAAAAACAUGAGAGCCAGAUGCGGGACAUGGCGGCACAGUGCGAGAGCAACAUGGGCGAGCUGCAGCAGCUGCAGAAUGAAAAGUGUCACCUCCUGGUAGAGCAUGAAACCCAGAAACUGAAGGCUCUGGACGAAAGCCAUAACCAGAACCUAAAGGAAUGGCGGGACAAGCUUCGGCCACGCAAAAAGGCUCUGGAAGAAGAGCUGAACCAGAAGAAGCGAGAGCAGGAGAUGUUCUUCAAAAUGAACGAGGAGGCAGAGUGCCUGAGCCCCACCACCCCAAACAAGGCCACCAGGUUCUUCCCCUACAGCUCUGCGGAUGCUUCGUAACAGCCGCCCGGGGCUGUGGCUGGCAGGCCGGCGGGCCUCGGGCCCCUCCCAUUCUCUGUGAACAAGUAACUCAGGAGCCCCUUCCCUCUUGCUUCCAUGCCGGCUCGAGUCCAGCCCCUUGCCUUGUGCCACCCCAGCUGUGCCUGACAGACCCACCCGGCGUUUCUGACUUCUCGCUUGUCGUGGAGGGAGAGGUUUUACGAUCCUAACGUGCUGCCUGAUCCUAACGUGCAUUCCAUUUGAGCCCCAGGUUCCUUUGAGCUGUCAGCGAUUUGGGCAGUUGGGGGGGCCAGGGACCAGGAGGAAUAGGUGUUCUGUGGCCUCGAGGCCCCUCCUGUUUGCCAAAACACCAGCUCUGCUGUCUGUGGGCACAAAGUGCUACUGCUGAAGUCACCGUGGGCGCGCCCUAUUGUGAUUGUCGGUGGCUUUUCAGCCAUUCCCUGCAGUGUCAGACCAAGAACCACGGCUUCUAACAGCCAUUUUGGUCCCCAGUGGAGCCUGGUCUGCAGCCAGCUGCUCAGGGGGUGCCCUCCUUCCUCCAGGUCCCCCAGCCUGCUUUCUUCUUGAGACAGCGUCUACAGCGCUGGGAUGGGGAGAGGCUGAACGCUUCACCCUGAUCGCAAGUGUUUCGUGCCAUCUUGUACUCCCCCUUCCUGCACACACACGCCUACACACACGCACGCACACACACACCCACCCACCCCUUGGCCCCCUGGGCCUCUUGUGCCAGGUGGAUUGGAACAUGUUCGCUGCCUGAGCCCGUGCCACUGAACACGUGAGGGGAGCCGUUGGGCGUGCUGGGGGUUGGCACCAGAGGCACAGGCUGAACCGCCAGCCUGCGAUUCCUUUUGGCCCUGCACGGGAUCCUGUGUUCAGGGAUACAUUCCUCAUCCCACAAGACUUUCCCACCCCAGUCAUUCUGUCUCACACUUGCCCAUCCUGUCUGCAGGUGAUACGGGAAGGCUGCUUGCCUCUGCUCUCUGUCCCUCCUAGUUCAGAGUCCGGCCUUACACUUCAGACCGAGGCUAGCAGUCACUGGAACUUCUGUUCAGGGAGAAAAAGCAUCAGGGAGAAAUGCAGUGCUUCCUGCCCCCAGGAACCUGGCAAAAGCAAAGCUUCUGUAUCUCAGAUGGAAUGCUGGGCCUUUGGAUGACUCAGCUGGCCUCCCACAGAUUCUGAUCCCCACAGGCUGCAGAGCGUAGAUAACCCAGUAAAAGCAAAUGCUCAACCCAGCAUUCGGUUUAUUUACAAAGAAAACUUUUUUUUGCCUUUAUGUCUAACUUGAAAAAAAUAUAAAUGAAUGGCUUCCUUAGGAAAAUACCUGCUUUAAAAAAACAAAACGGAAAACUGAAGGUGAUUUUGAGGAAUCAAAUGGGUGUAUUGAGUCUGGGUACUAUUUUGGUGGUGAUGGGGUGGUUGACACACCCUGGGAGGACUUCCUCUUUCUUCACUCCUAUAGGUAAGGGUUCAGUGCUUUGUCUUUCUAAAGCAAUUCCCUGGGGUUUUCUGGGCACUGGCUGUAAAUGGAUCUUGGGAAAGUAGGGUAACCAUUCAAUAGGAAAAAGGACUUGGGGUUCCAAAGACUUACAUAGGCAGUAAAGAUGCACUGGGGGCCAUGGGAAGGCACUGGUCCACUUCGGUUAGUGAGCACUCAGCUUGCCUGAUUCAGUAUUUGACCCAGAAGGGACAAUUUUCAGGUCUCACACAAAUGAGACAAGUGAAACAAUUAUCCCCUUUGAUUGUCUUUGGUGCACACGUGCUGGGAAAACAUGAACUAACAGUGUAACUACAGAACACAGACCCAGUUCCACCAGGCGAGGCCAGCACUGGCGAAUGGUCAGGUGAUGGCCAGUGGCAGGGCUGACUUGUGCUUUAUUUACAGUACUGCCUUUUGUAGCCUGGGGUGUGAGAAUGAGUAUUAGGUGAAAUGCCAGUUUCAUGGUGUAGGUGAAAGUCUUUGAUCAUUUCCUUCUUUGGUUUGUCGUUCACAUUGGAAUCUCAUUCAGGGAGCUGCUGCUUCCUGCUCAGUGCUGCCCUAGCCUUAACACCUCCCCUGUCCUUUCUGGAUGGGGUCUGGUUGGGUCUCCCAGUCUCACAAUUGAGCCAGCGUGCGAUGCCCAACAUUGAGAAGGCCCAUGCAGUAUUCUUUGUGUUCUGUGCUAAUGUUUUCUCUGGAAGGGACAGACGGAACUGUUUCUCAUUUACAGUCAAUUUUUAGCAGAGUAAAUAGAACUAACUUAUAUUUUCCCCUUUAUGAAGAAUAGAAGUUAUUUUUAUGUAGUUUCCAAACUUUAUAUAAAAAACUUUUGUUAAAUGUUCUCUGCAAAGUUAACUGCGAGAGUGUAAAUAUGCUUCUAAUAAAAUAACAAGGUGAGAAACUCUUUGCAUUUGGGUUUGUUCUCUUGGAUUGGGGUGGGAAAAGCAGGGCAGACUUAACCAAGAAAGGGUUUCCCCUGCAGCUGUAUCCUGAUGCUGCAUGGCACUUAUCUUGUGUGGUCCUAAAUUGGUUCGUGUAAAAUAGUUCUACUUCCUCAAGAGGUACCACUGACAAUGUUGCAGAUGCUGCAGUUGCCCUUCAAACCAGAUGUGUAUUUAACUCUGUGUUAUAGAACUUCUGGUUCCUUUAGCGAAGAUGCCUAGUCCAACUUUUUUUCUCCAAUUAAUCACAUUCUGGGAUUGAUUAUAAAUCCAGUGUUGCAUGUCUUGUGCAUAACAAGACAUUGUUAUGUCUUGUUCUAAAGAAUCUUAUGUACUAUAUGUAUCAGAAUAGUAUACAUUGCCAUGUAAUGUAAAAAGGAAAAAUCAACAUAAAUAAUGCAGCCAACUAUCUGUUAUACCAACUAAAACAAUAAAUAAACCUUGAACGGUGAAAAAAAAAAAAAAAAAA